AUGAAGAUAGAAGAUGGCUGCAACUUUUUCGACAUAACUUGCACGGCAACAAUACCCACGUGUACGGCUGUUAUAUCGGUGAGAUUCCUUCGAAAAGAAAAACUCUACUAGGAAAAAUAUCGCCAGCAUACUUUCCGAGCCUACCUUUAAAGGAUGAUUUGAGUUUAGGAAGAUAAUAUCAGCUUGCUCUCUUAAACCAUCCCUUUUGCAGUAUACUACCGUAAAUGGGGUAAGUAGUGGCUUUGGAGUCGGAUCCGUACAAAACACGUUUCGAUGCACUGUAAACGGCCAGCUUACUGCAGAAUUUGACAAACCCACAGAGUAAGUUUUUUUUUUCCUUUCAUUAGGCGUUUGGGUUUAGGAUGAGUUGGAAAAAAAAUGAGCGUUAUGGUAGAAUUUUCUCUAAAUCAAAUAUGUUGUAGAACAUGACUUUUAGGAUUUUUUGAAAAAAAACUGAAUAUCAUCACUCGAGCCGUUUUUGAGAUGCGGUAGCUCAAACGAUUACGGUGAAAAGCUUCGAAAAUCUAUAUCUCGACAAAAAUCCAACGAAACUCAACUAAAGUUUGUAAUAAGGUUCAAAAUAAUUUUUUCCAUUUUUUUCUUAAAUGUAAUUACUCAUACUUGCUCAUUAUUGCUCAUAUUAGAGGAUUUUUCUCAAAAAAAUCAAAACCAGUAUAUGACGUUGCGGUCUGGCGUUUCCUCUCGCUUCUCUCAAAACCAUAAAAAAAAUACUGUAUCUUUUGAGCCAAACAUGGAUUAGGCGAAUUUCCCAUCUAAGACCCGAAAAUUCCAAAAAACAUGUGAUUUUGGGUAUGUUUCCCGAAUAACUUUUUUAUCUCUUGUUCUUUUGGUUCGAAACUAGCAAAAUCGUGAUCAACGCGCACUUUUACAUCUACUAGGUCAUUUCCAGAUCGAAACAAAAGAAAAACAUUUUUCACCCAAAAAAAAUUCGAUGUCUGGGAACCGAAAAAUUUUGUAUUCAGUGUGUUUGAUCAAUAUGAAGGGUGAGAAAAUACAUAUGAGGAGGACAUUACUAUGAAAAGGUUUUAGGAUUUCUGAAAUUUCUUAGAGGAGAAAGGGUUUAAAGAUGAUAAUAUUUUUAUGUCGCGCAGCCGUUUCGGGUCCCAAAAAUGGACGGCUUAGAGGGUGACCCAUCGUCAGCAUUUUACCCUCUUGCUUUAAAUCAAAAAAAUUUUUUUUAAAAAGAUUUUUUUAGCUAUUAUACCUAGGCGCAGUUUUUAAAUUAAUAAAGUUUGGAAAAAAUUGAAAAGGGAAAAACUGAUAAAUGAAGGGGGAAGAAAAAAAGGAAAAGAGAAAAAAAGGGGGAAAUGUAGUCAUUCAUAUCCGAUAUCGAUUGUUGUCGGCAGAGGUCAAAAAGUUACGAAGAGGUAGAUUAAAUUUAUGUUCUUGUGGAAGUCUAUAUUGAAAGUAUAAAGGUAGAAAAAUUGAGGUUGAAAUUUGGAAUGUAGAGUGAAGAAGGGAUAGUUAUAAUGAAAUGUGUAUUUUUUUUGCAAAAACUAAAUCCGAUUUUUUUUCUUUGAAUUUAGUCCUAUUUAAAGUUUUUUUGUUUUCAAAAUUCUAAUUAAGGUGUUUAAAUUGUAUUGAUUCAAUAUGAAAGUUUUUUUAUGCAAUCGAUAGUCCUAUCUAUAAAGUCUUCUAUUCUACUGCAGCAUUUAGAGAAUCUAACAAUUUCAUUAGUGAAUGUGUUGAAACCAAUAUUUCGAGCUACAUAACUGUCGUGAUGAGGGUAUCUGAUUAUUUGAAAAUUAUAGUCAUCCGUUUUGUUAUAUAAUUUGCUUAAGAUUUUUUUUGUUCAUCGAUUGAAAUAUCUAAGUCCAAAAAAAUUGGGUUUUAUAUGUUUCCGUAUUGGUUUGGUUAAGUUCCAAUGAGUUAUGGUAUAGUGUGUUGGUGAUUAGGGAUAAGUUUAAUUUAUUUUUUUAUCGUAAAUUAUGAAUAUGUCAUCCAUGUAUCUGGCGGCGUGGAAAAAAAGCGUCUGUCGAAAAAGGAUUUUAUUGUUAAUUAUAAAAAUUGUAUUCCAUGGCCGUUAAGGUAAGAUCUGCUAUAAAUGGAGAGGCGUUGUUGCCUUGCGGUAUUCCGUUUACUUGUCUGAAGGUGAAUCCGGCGAAAGAGACGAAACUAUUGCUCAGUACGAAGUGAACCAUGUUUGAAAUCUGGGAUUUAGUGAAAGUUAAACUAUUGGGAUAAAUUUUAUUAUUGGGAUAAGAGUAAAAAGGUUUUUUUCCUGUUUUUGGUCAAAAGUCACUCCAGUAACAUCAAUUCCUGCGUUCCUAAAACAAAUAUCUAAGAUGUUAUUGAUGGAAUUAAGUAUUUCAGAGUGGGGUAGGUUAGUAAAGAGUGAGCUGAAAUCGCCGGAGUAUAAACAAGUGUUAUUUCUGAUUUUGAAUUUAUCAAAAUGAUGAAUUAGUUUAAGACUAUUAUCUAUUGACCAGUUGAUACAGAUAUUAUUUCUAUUUUCAAUGACGUUAUUAAUGUUACGAAAGUGGUUUUUGAGAUGAGAAAGUAAAUGUUUCAGGACGACUGAAAUAGGUUUGAUGGAGCUGUUGUAUGCUGGAAAUUUUCGAGGUUUUUUGCUCAUAACUUUUUUCAAGAUCAAAGUAUCUGGUCGAAAAAAAGUUUUUUGUCUCCGUUACGGUUACCAUAACAAGGGGCUUACACCUGUCUAGGUUAACUAAAAAAAUUUUUUUAAAAAAAGGCCAUUUUCAAAAAAACUCCAGGGAGGAAAAAGACUUCGUUUUAGGUUUGCAGCUAAAAAAAGGUUUGAAAUUUUUUUCAAACUGCAUUUAAAAAAACUAUAUUCAGAGCCUAAUGAAGAGAGGAUUUCUUAAAAAAAUAAUUUAUAUAGGAAAGUGUAAAAAUGAGAAGUUUCGAGCUUCAUUGAAGGUAGUAAAUCACUAGGACGUUUUUUUCGGACAGUAAAAUGUUCAAAAUUUGAGAUUUCAAUUUUAUAUCCUUGGACAUGUUUUUUCAGACAUUUUUUCCGCUUUCAGCACACGAAAAUAUUCAAAGACAUCCUUCCGAUGCUAACAAAACUUGGGAAACCCAGUCGUCAUCGUGGGGGAGCCACGAAAAAAAGGAUUUGGGUUUCCCCCGCAAUUUUUCAAAAUUUAAUCAACCUGAACUCAACAAAAGUUUGAAAAUUCAAAUCAUCGAAAAUUUUUUCACUGAAAAACGUAUUCCCAAAUUGUGUGCCUUACUGAAAAUUAAUUAAUCAUCACCUGGAAAAAGUCUCAGAAAUCAUAAUUUGAUUAACUCGAAUGUUUAACCUUUUAAGGCCUCAAUAACUUUAGUGAAGCUCUUAAUGAUAGAAAAACUCAAGUUUUUUUGGCACACAAUUUGGGAAUAUGUUUUUCAGUGAAAAAUUUUUCGAUGAUUUGAAUUUUCAAACUUUUGUUAAGUUCAGGUUGAUUAAAUUUUGAAAAAUUACGGGGGAAACCCAAAUCCUUUUGUUUCGUGGCUCCCCGACGAUGGUGACUGGGUUUAUUGUUGAGUUUAUCAAAUUCAUAGUCCUAAUUUUCUGUUUUUUGGAGAUGGUUUGUGCACAGAAACAAAUUGGUAAGCGAUAGGAUUUCAAUACAGUAUACAACGUUUUCAGUGUCGUGAGCGAGGUGUUUUGCGGUCAACAAUGCUGA